AUGGCAGGCGGAUUGUUCUGUCCGGACACGGUCACCGACGAGACCCUUCAGAACAUUGUCGAGGGAUUCGCGACGACCGGCAGAGCCUACUUGAGGAAUUACGCGGCGGUACGCGCAUUUUUUCUUCUUCUUCUUCGUUCCUUUCCCAUUGUCAAUCGAUUUCAGCAGAACGAGCUCGUCAAGCGGAUGAUCAACUCGGACCGUUUCCUGAUCGCAUUCGCCCGUCACACCCAAAUGACGGCGUCGCUUCCGUCGCCCGCGUGGCUCGAAAAACAGCGCAAAGAUGGAGGGUUUCGGAACGGAGAACUGACGCAUAGGUUCAAUUUGAGCGAUAUUGUGGUAAGAGAGAUUCGGAUGAAAGCGAGCGGAUCAUCGUGAGUUUUCAGUUCAACAAGACUCGGCACGGAUUCAGAGAAGUCGACCUGCAAUUCGAGCCGAUUGCGGGCAUCGCUUCGAGUCAGAACACGGGCGGCUGCGUCUCGUCGGCCGCCCUCCGCAACAUUCAUGUCGUCGAGAACGUGAACGCGCCCAUUUGCCGCUUCGAUGCGCAACUGUUCUGCCAGGUAAGCACUGCGGAUGAUCGCACGGGCUCGUGACGGAAACAUCGAAAACUUAAAUUUGAACUUCCGCCGACGGUCGAUUGCGUAGCGCCCCUAUCUUUAAAAACCAGGCAACCCUCAAAUUUUUUGAUUUUUUUUUGUGACUGUUUGAAUUGUCUCUUAUUGCCUCAUACACUAGUGAAAUGCUGACUAUCAGAAACGCCAAUGAACGAAACGGCGCGCAGUUGAAGUUGUGGCCGUGGCCUAGGAAACUCGGGUGUGGAAACUCUUCCCUGUGAGCAGGGAUGCUAAUUUGUGUGAAUGUUUUGCAACGUAUGAAGAUUGUGCCGAACGCAAAAAAAAGAUCACAAGGCCUAGAACUUUUCUCGGCCACGGCCACAACUUUGACUAAGCGCUGUUCCAUUCACACGUAUUGCUGAAAGUUGGGGCUCGGACAGUGAAUGUGGCAAUAAGAAGCAAUUCAGACACAUAAACUCGGAGGAGGGUUCCCUGGUCCUUUAAAACAUUAGGCCAAAGCAAAAUUGCGCCAGUGUACCCCGCCACGACUCCGUGAAUCGUGCUCCUGAGGAGUCUCGCAGCGCUCCCAUACUGUCUUUUAGGGACCACCAGGCACGGUAGCUACAUCACCCCAAUCACUGAAUCACUAAACUUUCAAAGAACUACAAGAAACUCAACUCGAUUUCCUAAUGGUCCCUUAUAAUUGAUUGUGACUUGACUAUGCAAUAGCACAGUUCAAGAUUUGAAGUAAUAAAUGUUGAUUGCAGAACUGGGUGCUCACCCUGAUCCGUCCCAGAUUCGUGUUCCGCGGACUGAUCGCCUGCCCGUCCGGCGACUACGGAAUCGCGCGUCUCAUGAUCGAAGUGGGCGACAACACGGACAAACGAGUGACGGAAGAGCUGGCGAUCCCGUUCAAAGAGGCCAACUGCGGCCAGUUCGUUCCGUUCGAGGUCGUUUCGCCCGAGUACGACUUUCCGGCCACGUUGGUCUUCGUGCAUCUCAUGGUGUUCUACGUGAACCAGAGCGAAAUCGUCGAGCCCGGAAUGCGCAUCGCCAAUUGUACGGUGCAAUGUCGACUGCCCGAGGAGCCCGUCGCGCUGAGCAACCCGUUCAGACACAUGCUCACCGCCGAUCAAUUCGACCAGCCGCACUAUUCGAGAAACUUCGACCAGCUGAUGGUGGCCGACGCGGAGCGCCUGCAGACGGCGCCAACCGACUUCUUCUCGGUGAUCGACAAUGCACGGGCGGUGCGGCUCGAGGAGACGGCACGGGCGGAGCGGGAGGCCGAACAGAUGCUCGCAGGGAACAUGCUCGUGGAUCCGCCCGAAGACGAAAUCCUUAUUGCAAUCAGGACGGCGGCUGAGGAGAGGGACGGAGAGCCGAGUGCCAAGAGACGUCGUUGA